UGUUUUGAAAAUUUAUUAGGGAAAUAUUAUUGUACUUUUGAAACUAUUUAAAGGGGUCAUCCACCUGACAAAUAUCGGCGGGGCUUCGCCGGGAAAGCGUGAUUACAGAAGUUGUAUUUGUGAUUUUCUACUGAUUCAAUUCAUUUGUAUCUCUCUAAGGGUAGAGGGGUUGCAAAACGAAGAUGGUGUUUGGGCAAGUUGUAAUCGGUCCGCCUGGUUCAGGAAAGACUACCUACUGUAAUGGCAUGUCUCAGUUUUUGCAACUAAUCGGAAGGAAGGUUGCUGUUAUCAACUUGGAUCCUGCUAAUGACUCGUUACCCUAUGAAUGUGCUGUAAACAUUGAGGAUCUGAUCAAGUUAAGUGAUGUGAUGAUGGAACAUUCUCUUGGUCCAAAUGGAGGCUUGGUUUAUUGCAUGGAUUAUCUGGAGAAAAAUAUAGAUUGGUUGCAAGCUAGAUUGGCACCUCUUUUGAAAGAUCAUUACCUCCUAUUCGAUUUUCCAGGACAAGUUGAAUUAUUUUCCCUACACUCUAAUGCCAAGAAUGUUAUAAUGAAACUCAUUAAGAAUUUGAAUCUGAGGUUGACUGCAGUGCAUUUAGUUGAUGCUCAUCUUUGCAGUGACCCUGGGAAGUAUGUAAGUGCACUGCUACUCUCUUUAUCAACCAUGUUGCAUCUGGAGCUCCCACACGUUAAUGUCUUAUCUAAGAUUGAUUUAAUUGAGAACUAUGGAAGACUAGCUUUUAACCUUGACUUCUAUACGGAUGUGCAAGACUUAUCAUAUCUACAACAUCAUCUUGACCAAGAUCCUCGCUCUGCCAAGUACAGAAAACUCACUAAGGAGCUUUGUGGUGUAAUCGAAGAUUUUGGUUUAGUCAAUUUUACGACCUUAGAUAUCCAGGAUAAAGAGAGUGUAGGAAAUCUUGUUAAGCUAUUAGACAAGACCAAUGGGUACAUUUUUGCUGGUAUGGAAGCAAGUGCAGUCGAGUUUAGCAAGAUUGCAGUUGGUGCUACAGAUUGGGACUAUUACAGAUAUCCUUUUCUGCCUACAAUUUCUUUUUAUAUAAUUCGUUUUAUUUUCAAUUUGUUAAAUCAUCAAUUAACCCAAAAGCUUGAGCCAUUGAAUUAUGUUAACUUCAACAAUUCUCUCACUUGUGGGUGUUGAAAUUUGGUAGUAGACCUAAACCCAACAAGUGAAAAAAAUAUUAAUUAGGAAUGAAAUGGUUUUACAAGGAUUCUAUUCGAACACGACCUCCUACUCUAACACACGAUUGGUUGUGAUCGUCUUAUUUGCUCUUCACCUCUCUUGUUAAUGUUGAUUUUGAAAUUUACUUGAAUAACCUGCCUGCCUGCCCACACUCUAAAAUUUCACAAUCUACUCACCGGUUGAGUUGGCUGGUAAAAUAACAUUUAUUUUUUGAUCUAAAAAUCAGAUCCAAGAGAAUGUUUUCUUGCCAAGCUAGCCACAUCAUGAAGUAAUGUAAAAGGAGAUGUUCAUUUCUGAAGGCCAUUGCCAUGGCCCAUUAGCAUUUUGGUGGUUUCUUUUCUUUGCUAUAUACCAUAACUUGGUUAUUUUUCUAAAGUAGGUAUAGGCUCAACUGCUCAAGGGUUGUUCUGUUUCUCUAAGUCAUGCAUCGUGAGUUGAUUAAAGAAAUGGUUGCUUAACUAAGUAUCUCACAGUUGCAGAAGUGCAAGAGAAAUACAUGGAUGAUGAAACUCUCAACUUCAAUGACUGAUGACUAAGAUUAAGAUUUUCUGCUGAAGAAGUGCAUGUAUUGGUGAAACCAGUCACCCCCGCAUUCACUUGCAUUGAUUGUGCACAAGUUCCCAGUGGUGGCCGUUGAACUGCAGCAAUGUCUAGUGUCUAAUCUCUUGUGCUGUGCAGCUGCUAAUGUUCCUCUCAAGUUCUCAGCUAUGGCGCCUGGAUUGCCAUGUAGACCGCUUGCUAAAUGACAAACUGGUAAGGUGUUGAGAGAAUUAUAAAUGUGCAAAUACCCUGCAGAUAGCUUUUAAAAGCAUGUGAUCCAGACUACUAUAUAUUGUCACUUGUUGAGUAUCUCUGUCUGUUAUGCUCCAUGGUGUGUGUCAGAGUUGAACAACUAUUGCCUAAUCCUUUGGCACCUAUUUAUGAUUUUUCCUCUCUUUUACUUUGUGUUUUUUAUUCAAUUCAUCAAACUCUCAUACUUCAAAACAGUAGAUGAUUAAUGCAUUUGCCCUCCCUCUUAUUUCAUAGGUCAAUUAUGAAUGUGUGUUUUUAUUGCUCA